AUGACGUCCUUGCCGCUGGAAGAAGUCUUCAAGUCCCUCACCAGCAUCCACCAAGCAAAAUAUCAGGCCCUCAUGGAGCUGCGCAUGGAGCAGGAGAAGCGCUUCAAGGUGCUCCUCCAGGCCCAAGCAGAGGACUGGCGGGUGUUGCGGAGCUUGAUACCCCAGGAGGGGGCUUCAGCCAUAACCCCAACAGCAGCAGGACCCCAUGUGACGCAAGUGAAUAUCUUGGAGCUCUUCGAGCACACAGCAAGAGCCCUGAAGUGGCCACGCUCACAGUGGGUGGUCCAUCUGCUAUCAUUGCUGUCUGGGGAAGCCCAACUCGUGGCACAACAACUUCAGGUGGCCAACUUCCUGGGGUAUACCAAUUUGAAGAAAGCCAUCCUGCAACGGGUCAGCCGCAGCCCGGAACAGCAUUGCCAGCGGUUCCCCACUCUGGCGCUGAGCGAGGUCAGCCACCCUUCUGCCUUCCCACAACAGCUCUGCGACGCCAGCCGGUGGUGGUUGCUGGCUGAGGAGGAGGGCGACGCUGCCGACGUCAUCAACAUCGUGGCACUGGAGCAGUUCAUCUCCCGGCUGCAGAAGGGGACGGCAAAGUGGGUCAAAUGCCACCAUCCGGUGUUGCUGGAGGAGGCAAUCCAGUUGGCUGAGGACCAUAUAGCAGUGUAUCCAGGGGACGGCUGGUGAAUCUGCUGCUGCGCAUGUGGGUGUGAAGUCUGGGCCGGUCUGUUGGAACUGCGAGGGUCCUGGGCAUUUCCAGGAUCGAUGCACCAUGAUAAAGGUGGAAACAUUGGUCUGGGUCCCUGACGCCUGAAUCGGGUGGUGGGAAUAUGUGACGAGGAGGAGGGCGUGGCCGGGCCGAGGGGAUGCAUGUCGGCGCUGAGUUGCCCAAUCAGUGGGAGAGAGAUAAAGGAGGAGCCGGGGAUGCCAGAGAGAGAGAGAGAGAGAGACGGAGCUGUGUGUGUGUGUCAACGUCUGUUGUUAUGUUUCAGUUCAGCAUUUGUGUUGAUUAAAGUCUUGUUAAUUGUUAA